AUGCCUAAUUACUAUGAAGGCGACGAAAAUGCAGAAGAAGACGAUCCUGAACAACUUUUGCAAAUGCUCUCCAUCGUAAAUGAGAUCACGACAAACACUUACUCUGCAUUGGCCGCUACUCAAGAACAACGCUAUGUUCAUGAUGCAUUACAAGCAAUUGAUAAUACAGAUAGAUUUGCAUUACUAAAUGACAGCAGACACAUUUGGGACCAAAAUAAUUAUGGCACCAUACACGACAUCAACACAUUUGUGGUAGCUCACGCACAUCACAGCGUCAUGAUUAAAGGAUGGAAACGUGACAUUGAAGGUCGACGAGAUGAAGCAAGAAACUAUUUAAUUUCAGGUGAAAAUACUCUGGAAGUGCGAGAUGAUGAAACACAGAUUGAAGUCGUAGCAACUGAAAUUCCAACAAGUCCCAUUAAAACGAGAGCUACAAGAGUUCCACCUGUGACUACAACCAAUGCAAUAUUAUUUCCAACAAAACAAGAUAUUAUCAGACAAUUUACACUAAGCACUCAGCAAAAAUAUGCUUUUAUGAUUAUAACUAGUCACUUAGAUGGCGAAAAUCAUGCUUAUACCGAUACUAUCGAUAAUCAGUUAUUAAUGUGCAUACCUGGUUGCGGUGGUACUGGAAAAUCUCAGUUGAUUCGUGCAAUUACCAAAUAUUUCCAAGAAAAACCUGUGGAUGAUCUACGAUUACGUAAAGCGAUACUUGAACUACCUGACAAUAAAACUGAACAUCUUCCAGGGUAUCUGCCUCUCGUACCAGGAAUGCCAGUUUUACUCACAGAAAACAUCGCUACCGAACUGGGACUCUCCAACGGUACACGUGGAAUCUUUCGUCAACUUGUAUACGAUGAAUCACCAGAAGAUGUUCGAUACCAGGAUAAGAAUUUUCCACCAAAUACCAAGUUUAUAACGCAAUCAAAGUACGCUUUAGUAGAAUUUCCUGGUUGCAAACUUAAUACCAAACUUGCUGAACUGCAGUCCAAAAUAGUUCCUAUAGCUAUUAGUGAAAAAACAUUCUUGUUCGACGCCAAAGAACUUCUUCCAGAAAAUGUAGCAAAAGCAGCCAAAAUAAAUAAGAAAACAACAAAACUCACCGUCAAACGUAAAGCACUUCCGCUUAUACCCGCAUACAGCAUGACAACACAUAAAAGCCAAGGCCAAACACUCGGUAAAAUUAUCGUCGAUCUGGUGAUGCCGCCUGGUCCAAUUGAACUCGCAUCGGUUUAUGUUCCAUUAUCUCGUGUAAAGAGACUUGACGAUUUACUAAUCAUACGUCCAUUCGAAUUUGGAACACUUCAAGUUAAACCAUCAACGGCCCAAAUAGAAGAACUUAAAAGAUUAGAUAAAAUAGCACAAAGUACUCGGAAACGUUUUCAAUUCAUUGUUUAA